AUGCCUCCUCUGUCGGCAUACACUUCGUUUGAAUCCCUUCUGUUUUUCCAGUCCCUAGCGACUUCGGAUUCCCGACCGACAAGCUUCGGCUCAAUAUCAACCUUCUUGCGAAACAACCAGCUCGUGCGCGAGAAUGUCGAUUUUGAUGCCGAUCGCCUGACCCCGGAGGCGCUAGAAGACCUCUACGCGACAUUAAUGCGCGACGGAUUUAGUCGUGAUAGUGCGCCCUCGCUCAAUGGACGCUCCGCAGAUACCUCCAGUCCGCCUAGUCCGAAGAAACGCAAGAUCUCCAGUCCGCGAUCAGAUGGAUUGGCUGUCACCCACACCACGCUCGUUCCAGAGCUAGUGGCACACCUUUACGACAAAUACAGGGAUCUGGUCACCACCGAAAUUAGGGACGAUGAGAAAAAGUAUACAGAAAUCAGGGCUGAGCUGGAACGGCUACAGCAGGAGGACAGCAAAUCAGCCGCUGCGGCAGCUACAGCAUUCACACCGGUGCAACCGGUGUCUAUCGAAGGAAAGGAUGAUGUUCUGAAGGAAGAGGCGCCGCGCCCAAAUGUACAGGAUCAGACAGGUCAACCUCUUGCGACGACCAUCCCGCUCGACCAGGAGAAGGCGAAGCCCGAACCACAACAUAUCCCAACAAAUGUGCCCUCCACGACAAAGGAGCCUCCAACAAUACAACCCGCCCCUCUUAUAAACCAAUCUCAAGCUCCCCUUCCCCAAGCGCAACCCCCGACACCCAAACCGCAAGACUUAGCUGGGCAAGCAUCUCAACCGCAGCCGACCACCACUGAUCCCAUACCAAAACCGUCCAUCCAACCUCCACUUGCUCCAUCUACCCAGAAACCCCCUCCAACCACACCAGCCGGUCCGCGAGUCACACCUGCACACCCGUCGCAAAUCGCUCCUCGUGCCAAUCCCGUCCCACCUGCACCAAUUGUUACGGGUAAGGCUGGCCCUUUGACGUCGGCGUCUCAGCGAACCCCCGCUCAGCCGAGUUUCCAGCAGUGGCAGCUAGAUCCUUCUCCCCACUCACCAUACCCCGUCGUCUCCCCAGGUGCUGCUACACCUCAAGCAGCCCAGGCCAUUACCAAGCGACCUGUACUACCACUUUCCACCAACCCGCCUUUGCCAGGGUCACAAGCCCAGACUCCCAUCCAACCUCCUGUUCCACAAACACCCAGUGCCGUCCCGUCUACAGCUCACACACCUGUCCCAAUUGGCCGUCCGCGUGUUUCCCAAACACCGAGCGCCACAUUCCCAUCUUUCUCUGAAACGCGCGCCUCUCAUCCACGCUUGUCAAUUGACACACAAGGCUCCUCCACACCGUGGAAGAGAACUCCUCGUCCGAGGAUUUCACGCUCUCCAAGCUCACCGCCACGGCCACGGCCGGAGGACGUCAGUCCCAUCAGCGAACGAGGCCAAUCACCUAUUGAUGCGAUGGAAAUGUCACCUCCGCCGAAGAUUAAUCUAGGCCAACGAGCUCAAUCUGCAGAAGAUAAGAAACCACAACGCGGCCAGUCUGACAUCAAACCCGCCCCCAUAAUCAAGACCGAGAAACUAGGUCCAAUUCGGAGGACGCGCGCCGUGAGUUCGGGCUCUUCUCGGAGUCGUGGGCGAUCCAUGGCUUCGCGCGAUGGGUCUGCUGCACCAUCGGAAGAGACCAUGCGUGAACCACGAGCGACGGGCCGCCGAAAGGGUACAGCUGUUACCGCCGAUGAAGGGACCCCCAAACCGCGGACAAAACGUAAACGCGGCGCAAGUGAAGCAGUGGAACUUGAGCCCCACCCUGCGGAUAUCCCGAGAUUCGACACGACUCAGUAUGUCAUGGCUACGCGCAACUUCCACCGAACAGCGGCACCGAUUAUGAACGAUGUAGCUACCCACAAGCUCGCCUCCAUAUUUGCCAAGCCAAUUAGCGAGCGCGACGCCCCUGGCUACCAUGAUCUCAUCUAUCGGCCAUCUGACCUCAAGUCAAUCAAAUCUGCCAUUCACCAGGGCAGCAAGGCUGUCGCUACUGCAGGAGAAGCAGCCAGCACUCCAGCUGGGGAUGGAGAGUCUCCCGCUCCUGGUGGCACACCGUCUAAAAGCGGCGUGCUCAUGUUGCAGAAGCAUGAGGAUUUCAUACCGCCCAAGGGGGUUGUGAACUCUGCACAACUGGAGAAAGAGUUGAUUCGCAUGUUCGCCAACGCGAUCAUGUUCAACCCCAUUCCGCAACGAGGAUUCGGGCCCGCCUUUCCCAUGUCUAGUGACCGUGGUUCGCGAGAGAGUACUCAAGUGGCCGAUUCCGGUGAAGGCGGUAUCAUUCACGACUCGCUGGAGAUGUUUGAGGAUGUUCAGCAGGCUGUUACCCGAUGGCGGGCCGCUGAACGCACUGCUGAUGAAUUGGCUAAUAAGAAUGUCCUCUCCCUUCGGCGUGGAAGUCCCAGUGAACCCAACACCGAUAGUACUGAUGAUGUGAAAGGGUAA